UCCCGGCGCGGCCGCCGCCUCCCGCGCACACACGGCCAUGGCGGAGGCCUCCUCGCUGGAGAGGCAGAGCCCUCGCGUGGCCUCCUGCCUCACUCACAGCCUGUGCCCCGGGGAGCCCAGCUUGCAGACAACAGCAGUGGUGUCCAUGGGCUCUGCAGACCAUCAGUUCAACCUUGUUGAGAUCCUGUCACAGAACUACGGCAUUCGGCAGGAGUGCGACCAGGCUGCAGGAGACCCAGGGAAGCCGGAGGGAGAGUUGGAGAAGGACUUCAUCUCCCAGAGCAGCGACAUGCCCCUUGAUGAACUGCUUGCCCUCUAUGGCUAUGAAGCGUCAGACCCCAUCUCGGAGCGGGAGAGCGAGGGCAGUGACACCACAGCCAAUCUCCCUGACAUGACCCUGGACAAGGAACAAAUAGCGAAGGAUUUGCUUUCAGGGGAAGAAGAGGAAGAGACACAGUCCUCGGCUGACGACCUUACCCCGUCCGUGACCUCCCAUGAGGCCUCCGAUCUGUUUCCUAACCGGAGUGGACCCUGCUUCCUGGCUGACGGAGACAAAGAGCCUGGCUCCUCCACCUCGUCCGACACAGAGGAGGACCCUCUUCCUGCCAACAAGUGUAAGAAGGAGAUCAUGGUUGGGCCUCAGUUCCAAGCUGACCUCAGCAGCCUGCACUUGGACCGCCAUGGUGAGAAAAUCUAUGAGAAUGACGACCAGCUGCUUUGGGACCCCAACGUCCUCCCUGAGAGGGAGGUGGAGGAGUUCCUGUACCGGGCAGUGAAGCGCAGGUGGCACGAGAUGGCUGGGUCUCAGCUCCCGGAGGGAGAAACGGUGAAAGACAGCGAGCAGGCACUUUAUGAGCUGGUGAAAUGCAAUUUCAACGCAGAGGAGGCUCUGCGGAGGCUGCGAUUCAACGUGAAGGUGAUCCGAGAUGGGUUCUGUGCUUGGAGCGAGGAGGAGUGCAGGAACUUUGAGCAUGGCUUCCGAGUGCACGGGAAGAACUUCCACCUGAUCCAGGCCAACAAGGUACGCACGCGGUCCGUGGGCGAAUGUGUGGAGUACUACUACCUGUGGAAGAAGUCCGAGCGCUACGACUACUUCUCCCAGCAGACGAGGCUGGGCCGGAGGAAAUACGGCCCGUCUGGAGCCACGGAUGUAGACCAGGACCUGGACAGCAGUGACCCUGAUGGCCGCCCCCACUCCUCACCGCCUCUGCCCCCUACUGCCGACAGCCUGGGCUCUGAGCAGGACCCCCUGGCACGGAUGCACACAGAGCCGCUGAGCGUAGAGAGCGCGGCCGGCAGUCUUGGUGAGCCUGGGGAGAGCUCCGACAGCCUCCCGUCCUCGGAGCCAGGGCCUUGUCCGUUUCAGCAGCUGGACACGCCCCCAGCUGUGCCCCUGCCCAGGCGGCCCCCAGCCCUGGCCGAACCAGCCUUCUACCCCCCGGCCACAGCCACUCCGGAGCCCAGCACCAGCCCGAGAUUGGCUGUGGACUUGGCCCUGCCGGGGGCCCUCCCCGAGGAGCUGCCCCUCAUCUCUAGCCACGUGGAUAUGAAUGGAGAGUCUGAGGAGGCUGUGGCCCCAGCACAGGUGGCCUUGUCGGUCACUGAGUUUGGACUCAUCGGCAUUGGGGACGUGAAUCCCUUCCUGGCCGCCCACCCAGCGUGCCCAGCCCCCGGGCUGCACUCGGAGCCCCUGUCACAGUAAUACACUCAUAUGGUUCAAAACCCAAAAAGGUACAAACGGGGCCAGUGCCAGGCUCCUCCCACCCCUGCCCCGGCCACCAGCCCUCCCCAGGCGCCAAGGACAGUGCUGCCUUGGGGAGCCUGUCAGCCAGCACGAGUGAAAACACGGUCUGCUGGGGGCGGCAAGGUCGGGAGCCAUGGUUUCAGCCCACGGCGCCGAGGCCGUGCCUUCAGUGGGACUGGACUGACCCUCACCCUCUCUCGGUCUCUCCCCUGCAGCUGUAACGUGAUGACGUGUUGAGCUCUGGCCGCGGGCGGCACGUGUGGCCCGGACAGGACGCGGGGCCACCGCGGGGCCUGCCUCUGCCAGUCUUCCCGACCCCUCCCCUCCUUGUGGGUCCCGGGUCACGCCGCCUCUGCUUCAGAACGCGUCAAGGACGGGGGUGAGCGGUGGCUGGGACGCUGCCCUGCCCUCCUCACACACAGACUGGCGCUCUCAGUGCCCAGCACCACUGUUCGUGCUGUCCAGGCCGCUGCCCCCACCGCAGGACCCGCCAGGCAGCUGGAUGCAGAGGGCCCGGCCCCGUCUAGCCAGCAGAGGAAGGUGUCCCUGCCCCAUCGGGGAGGUGGGAGAUGGGGCGGGAUGCUGCCCCACCAGCAGCCUCCGCCCGGGGCGCCCUCAGCCCUCCGCUUGGCUCUGUCUCCCUGCACCUGGCAGGGCCUCAGGCUGCCCCAGCUCGGGGGUCGUGGGCAGCUGCUACUCGGUGCCAAACCCCUUGGGGCACAGAGCCAUAUACCUCGAUGUCGGCCCCGCCCACCCUCGACCUCUGCCCUGCUCUCCUCGUCAGGAAAAGCCGCACUUUACCCCACACCUGCCUACCCCCUCUCUCCAGCCAGGAGUAGCCUCGGGGGUGGGGUCGAGGGGACAGGUGACCCCCCACCCCCCCGCCCCCUUGGUACCAAGGCACCGAGGGGGCUGGCUCCAGUCCGUUCCCCUGACCCCGUGGGUCAUAUUUCUGUUGAAGCUCCCCAGCAAGAUGGUUUGGGGGCCCGGUCCUUCUCUCUCCCAGCUUUCCUCAUUUUAUUUAUGUUUCUGUUUACAAAUUGGAGUGGGGUCCUCCAUGGGGCCAGGGCAGUGCUCCCCAACCCCCGGGUGUCACCAGGAGAGGGUUUUGGCUCGAGCCCGUCUGCAGACUUGGCCUCGACCUUCCCUCACCCCACCAAGGACCACACUGUGAAGUGAUAACUGCCUUGAAUCCCUUGCUGUUUUAUUUAUUAAACUUGAUUUGAAGCCCA